AGAAAGCAGAAAGGUCAAAGGUCCAAGCCAUGCCCGCCCUCACAAGCGGACCACCGUUCCACUACCAGUCCAGCAUCAAAGUACGGUCAAGCUUUCCCAGCAUAAAAAAUUCUCAAUGUAAAAGUUAAGUAAAUAGAAAAUCCGAUUCCCAGGAAUUCAAUUCUCAGCCAAACAAAUUCCAUCCUCAAACGAAGAAUGUCGACGACGCCGUUGCCGGGUCUGUACCGCAGAUCCCUCCCUUCUCCGCCGGCAAUAGAAUUCGCUUCCCCCGAAGGCAAGAAGCUGUUUGCGGAGGCGUUAGGAGGUGGAACAAUGGAGGGUUUUUUCAAGCUGAUAUCGUACUACCAAACGCAGUCGGAGCCUGCGUAUUGCGGGCUCGCCACCCUCGCUGUGGUCCUCAACGCGCUCGCCAUCGAUCCCGGCAGAAAAUGGAAAGGCCCUUGGAGAUGGUUUGAUGACUCGAUGCUAGACUGUUGCGAGCCUUUGGCAAAGAUAAAAGCUGAAGGCAUCACAUUUGGCAAAGUUGCAUGUUUGGCACACUGCAAUGGAGCUAAAGUUGAAGCUUUUCGAACUAGUGAAAGAACCAUUGAUGACUUCCGCAAGCACAUAAUCUCAUGUUCUUCUUCAGAGGAUUGUCAUGUGAUCACGUCGUACCAUAGAGGAGUCUUUAAGCAGACUGGAACUGGUCACUUUUCACCAAUUGGGGGCUAUCAUGCUGAAAGAGAUGUGGUUCUCAUAUUGGAUGUUGCUCGAUUUAAAUAUCCUCCUCAUUGGGUUCCUAUCACACUUCUUUGGGAGGCCAUGGAUACUAUUGAUGAAGCAACAGGACAUCGUAGGGGGUACAUGAUUGUUUCAAAGCAUCACAGAGCACCGUCAAUCCUUUAUACUAUGAGUUGUAGACAUGAUAGUUGGAAAAGUUUGGCAAAGUACUUAGUAGAAGAUGUCCCCCUCCGCUUGAAGUUAGAAGAUCUCAAAGAUGUUCAAAAAGUACUCUCUAUGAUAUUCAAAUCACCCCCUGCUGAUUUGAGAGAAUUUAUUAGGUGGGUUGCAGAAGUUCGAAGACAAGAGAAUGGGAGUGUAAUCGUAAGUGAAGAGGAAAGAGGAAGGGUCGCAAUCAAGGAAGAGAUAUUGAAACAAAUACAACAGACUGAACUAUUCAGACACGUCACAAGAUGGUUGGCUUCGGAGAAUUCAUUUUGUAAAGACAUCACAUCUUUGGGUGAUAAAAAUGGGUUACCUGAAAUUGCUGCACGUUUUUGUUGCCAAGGUGCAGAACUUUUGACCGGGAAACCCAGUGGAAUAUGCUGUAGGAAAACAAAUAUAAAGCUUUUGAAGGCCAGUGAUGAAAAGCCUGUGAUAAUGGCAUCUGGGACUGUAAUUGCUGAUGGCACCGAACAAGCAGUUGAUAUGUUCGUCCCUUCAUGUCAAGCUGAUCCCAGUACUUUGUGUGCUUUUGAUCAAGGUGGUUGUAUUGGAAUGCUUCCAUCUACAGCUGAUGUUUUAACAGUACUUUUGUUUGCCUUGCCGCAACUUACAUGGGCUGGCAUUAAAGAAGCGAAACUAGUGGCGGAAAUUAACAGUCUUGUGUCAACUGACAAUCUUUCCCCUCUACUUAAAGAUGAGGUUUUGUAUUUGAGACGGCAGCUCCAUUUCCUCAUAACAGAUCUUGGUGCUCCUACCCCUUCAUGAUAUUCUUGUUUUCUUUAUCAUGAGACGGCAGCCAUUUCUUCACAUAGAUCCUUUGUCUUUAAUUUUUUUUCAAGAUAAAUUGUUGCUGAAGGCUGCACAAAUAUCAGUUGAACUAAAAACCUUUAUAGUUUCUAGGCUUCACAAUAUCAAGAUUAAUUGGUAUGCUUGUGGAUAAACAUUUUUAUGAGUUUGCAACUCUUGAAAUAUUAACUAAAAUAGAUCAAUAUUAUUGGCUUGCUGCCCCAAA